UACCCCGCCUACAGAGGAGUAUAAGUAGGACGUGGUGGUGAACAAUCCAUCCUACCAACAUCCCACAACCCACUUCACUACUUUCCAUCAACGAACUAUCACUCAUACUCUCAUCAUAAAUAUGUCUGCCCCAGAGCCAAGUAAGACCACUGGUCAAUUCCACUCCGUCAAGGGUACCGCCGUCGAGACAAUCGGCGACCUGACUGGCAUGCAAUCCUGGUCGCAGGCGGGCAAAGAGGAGCAUGUUAAGGGGGAGGGCGAGUACAAGGCUGCCCAAGCUAAAGGAUACGCAGAGGGCGUUUCUGACAGGGCUACCGGUUACAAGGACUCGGUUGUCGGCGCUGUGACUGGCGAUAAAACCCAGCAGGCAACUGGGAACGCCAAGAACGAGAAGGGUCAGACGCAACAGGAGAUCAACAAACCUGCAUGAUUUAUCCUCUGUCAUCCGCAUGUCUUGUAAAUAUUGUACCUUCUCGACUUUGGAAUGUAUCUUAAUAUCAAAGUUUAUCGAUUUCACGGUUUUAUUCCUUUUC